CAGAGCCUUCAAGGCUGCAAGCGGCAGCCAGAGACGUCGGCCGGCGGGCCGAGCAGCUCGACGCUCCGCUUGUCAGGCCUGGGUCAGGCGGCGAACGGGCUGGAGGGCGGGGCUCGGCCUGGCGGCGCGCGGCGCGGAGCCGUCGCACACCGGCUGCAUAGUAACAACCAGGUUUCACUUCAGAUUCGCUCCAGAUUGUCGCCUUGUCCCAGGGGACAAGAAAUGGAUUCCGUGAAGCCAGCUCAGAUGCCGGUAACCUUCAAGGAAGUGGCUGUAUAUUUCACCCAGGGGGAAUGGGCCUUGCUGGACCCGGGACAGAGAGCCCUCUACAGGGACGUCAUGCAGGAGAAUUACAGGAAUGUGACCUCGCUGGGUUUUCCAAUUCCCAAGCCCAGCGUGAUCUCCCAGCUGGACCGAGGGGAAGAGCCAUGGGUCCCUGAUCUCCAGGGGUCCCAGGCUAGAGAGAUCCUGAGAAACAUCCCCAGAGGUGAUGAGAUUGUGAGUGAGAGCAAUGAAGAGAAUCCUUGUCCCACAAGUCCUGAGCGAAUGGAACCAAAGGGCACAUUGCUUGGAAGGUGUGAAGGGGAUGAUUCGCAGAGUCCUGGGCAGGCCAGAGAAACUCAAUGCAGGCCAGAGAAGCAGCAGGGAAACCCCCCAGGGAAGACAUUGGAUGAAUCCACUCACCGAGGGGGACGUUUGGAAGAUCCCACUGUGGCCACGAUCCAGGCGAGAACCUGCACUAAGGAGAAGCGGUUUGAAUGUGCUGAGUGCAGGAAAUGCUUCAGUUCUGGAUCACACCUUAUUAGACAUCAGAGAUCUCACACGGGAGAGACCCCCUAUAACUGCCCUGAGUGUGGGAAACAAUUCAAUGACCAAUCAAACCUUAUUAGACAUCAGCGAACCCACACAGGAGAGAAACCCCAUAAGUGUCCUGACUGCGGGAAAUGCUUCAGUCAGAGGUCAGGCCUUAUUGUACAUCAGAGAAUCCAUACAGGAGAGAAAUGCCAUAAAUGCCCUGACUGUGGACAAACCUUCACUCAGAGUGCACAUGUAACUAGACAUCAAAGGAUUCACACGGGCGAGAGACCCUAUGGAUGCCCAGAGUGUGGAGAAAGCUUUGCUUGUACCUCAGACCUGAUUAUACACCUGAGAGUCCACACGGGAGAGAAACCCUAUAGCUGCCCCGACUGUGGACAAAGUUUCACUCAGAGUCAUCACCUUACUGACCAUCGGAGAAUCCACACAGGAGAGAGACCCUAUAUCUGCCCCGACUGUGGGAAAAGCUUCAGACAAAAAUCUGGUUUCAAUGUCCAUCGGAGAAGGCACACGGGAGAUUGCCCCUAUCAAUGUUCUGUCUGUGAGGAAAGGUACAAGACUAAGACUUCCUUAAUAUUCCACAUGAAACUCCACAUAGACUAGUGCCGGCUAUUUCCCCUCCUCCUCUCUCCGCAUCUGUAGCCCAAUGCCCUAGGGAGCCAAGUGGUACCACUGUUGACAUGUGUGCUGUGUGUCUCAGGAAGAUGGAGGCACAGGGAGCUUGACAUUAUUAUUACAGUAUUGCAUUAUUCUCUGACCCUCUCCCAUUCAUUCCUGGUGCUCUCUGUCCCAGGGAGACUUUUACCAAGCCAAAUGGUUCAGCUGGGUUUCCUGGUCCUUGUUUUCAGCCAGUGGCUCAGUUCACAUUGUUGCACGCUGGGAUUAUUCUGGAAAUUGCUGCCCUGGGAGGCAUUUUCUCCCUGUUUCUGCAUGGUGGGGAUGAGAACUGAAAAUUCUGGAAAUUCGGAUGUCUGUGGAGUCUUUAUUGCUCAUUGAAUUAUUUUCUCAGUAUUACCUAAUUAUGUGUUUUUUAUCCCCAAAUAAGAUGCAAAUAAAACUUUUCUGGCAAAGCCCAUUUUCCUGAGCAGCCUGGGAAGUUCAUUGGUUCUUGAGCUCUGGGAGGGGGAGAGGCCAAGUGUCCCAGACUGGGCUAGUUGCUUGCCUCAGCAGGAAUGACUCAUU